AUGAACAGACAACUUAAAAUAGAAUACGUACCCUUGGACCAAAUCAGAAGACCCAUCCCUCCAGUGUUGGACUAUCAGAAGAUCGAUGCUAUGGUCUCUACCCUAAACGGGAAACCCAUGGCCUCAGCAACUUGUAAAGUUGAAGACAUAACUUCGGGAGAAUUGCCACCUAUUGAUGUAUUUAAAGUAAGGGAGUCAGGAAAAAACUAUUACUUUGCCUUUGGUGGAUGUCAUCGUUUCCAAGCUUAUGAUCGUAUCGAUGGAGAAUCAAAAGAACCAACUUUGGUGAAAUGCGGAAUUAUGCCUGCCACAAGAAAGACUUUAAAGGUAUAUUUGGGUGCUUCUGUAGAUGAAAUGUUUGAAGACUAA